AUGCUCGCUAAAAGCAUUCAAGAAGCAAUGCCAAUGAUUGAGGAAAAAAUUCCGCACAUAGAAUACUACAGCUACACCGGAAAAGACGUGCCUGAUCCGCUUCCUGACACUGUCGCUGCUUCGCUCACCAAAAUUCCUCAUCGACCGCUGGAGGAGGUUCUUUGGAACGCCUCCUCUGCCACUCCGCUCAAUGCGCACAAGCAGACAAUGAACGAUAAGCUGUACUACAUCUUCACCUCUGGCACCACCGGUUUACCGAAGGCUGCAGUCAUUCGCCACCACCGCUACAUUUGGAUUGGCAUGAUUCUUCACUAUCUUUUUAACAUUACGGACGAUGAUGUUCUAUACCUGACACUGCCGCUGUACCACAACAAUGCCGGAACUAUUGGCACCUGUCAGGGAAUUAUCUUCGGCACCAGUAUCGUGUUGAGGGAUAAGUUUAGUGCUUCACAGUUUUGGGAUGACUGCAUCAAGUACAACUGCUCUGUGGCUAUGUACAUCGGCGAGCUGUGUAGAUAUCUGCUGGCACAGCCUAAAAAGGCUUCAGAUAGUCAACACAAAGUCCGACUGAUGUUUGGCAAUGGUUUGCGACAGGAGAUUUGGAAGGACUUUAAGAAUCGAUUCAACGUGAAGCAGAUUGGCGAGGUUUACGGUUCAACAGAGGGCAAUGCUAACGUUGCAAAUUACGAUUUCAAAGAAGGUGCCUGUGGAAUCAUUCCAUGCUGCGUGCCCUUCAUCUGUCGUCUUGUCUUUCCAGUGACGGUUAUUAAGGUGGACACUCAAACGGGUGAAUACGUUCGGGACAAGAAUGGCCUCUGCAAGUUAAUCAAGCCAGGUGAAGUAGGCGAAAUCGUAGGAAAAAUUCGCCCCGAUGCUGGUCAGGCUUACCCCGGCUACGUAAACGAUGAGGCGACUAAAAAGAAAAUUCUCUUCAAUGUUUUCAAAUACGGUGAUUCAGCCUUUCUAAGUGGUGAUUUAGUAGAGAUGGACGACUACGGUUAUCUAUACUUUAGGGACAGAACGGGAGACACAUACAGAUGGAAAGGUGAAAACGUGUCAACAAACGAAGUUGAAGCUGUGAUUCAAAAAGUAGUGAAGCUGUCUGACUGUGUCGUCUUUGGCGUCUCAAUACCUCACUGUGACGGAAAGGCAGGCAUGGCUGUCAUUGCCGAUCCUAAUCGAAUUGUCGAUCUAUCAUCACUUUUUACUGAACUUACCAAACGACUGCCAGCAUACUCAAUUCCCCUGUUUGUUCGAAUCACUAGCCAAAUUGAACUGACCGGGUCAUUCAAACUGUCAAAGACAAAUCUCGAAAAAGAUGGAUUUGACAUUAAUCGAAUUAAAGAUCCACUGUACUUUCUAGAUAGAAAGGUUGGAACCUAUGUGCUUCUGGAUGCAUCCCUUUACGAAGACAUUCUAAGUGGACGACUGCUGUUGUAG